CUGUUUUUCAAAUCCUACUUUCCCCCACAAAUUAAGCUAGAAAAUGUCUGAUUUAUUCCCAAUGGUUUAUUCGGUGAUGCUUUGCUCCAGUUCUUUGGUGCUAAAUACUCAUCUGGGUUUUGGAAUUUCCGUUUGAUUAAAAACAAUGAUUUCGGUAAUUAAUGUUUUUGGACGGUGGUUGAUUUUGUUGUGCUUUCUCCAGCAAUCAGAAAUUAUAAAAAGUUUGAAUCUUUUGACAAAAUAAUUAGGUUUUCAUGGGUCAACUUUGUUCUUCUACUGUAAUAUUUAAUCUCUAGUUAUUCACAGGGUAUGUUCAAAGACUACUAUUACUGUUAUGAAGUACAAACAAGAUGGUACCCCCAAAAUAGUUGUUGGUGGUGAUGGAAGGCAAUUUAAUGUGGAAGAAAAUGAAAUUGGGUGUGUUAGACUACUUGGCAGUUCGUCAAACUCAAGGGCUCAAUGUUAUUGAAUCAGUGGUUGCCGGAUUCGACGAGGAAUUAUCAAGCAGAGAUGACCGAUCUGUAUGCUUGCAAUUUGUGUCGUCUUUCAAUCUGCAUAGCAUCAACUUAUGAACAAACAACUGGUGGAUUCUUAUGCGUGAAGGUCCUUGAUUCAGAGGCAACAGCUCAUGUUUUUGAGAUGGAAGACAUUGAAGAACUGAAUCUUCGUAUUGGUCUGAAUCCUCCACUGUUGCCUACCCUACAUCCUCCAGGCUCAUCCUCCGGCUCACCCUCCGGCUCAUCCUACGGCUCAUCCUCCAGUUGAUUAUUGAAGAAUACAGUGGUCUAGGCAAUGAAGAAAUGUGACUUUUGAAGACUUGGUGUGUUUAAAGAUGUUGAAGACUUUGUUUAAGAUUUUGUAAGCCUUUUUUGUUGGAUCUUUUGAUGCAGUAGAACCUUUCUCAGGACUCAAUAGUGCUACUAAUUAUGCAGUAGAACCUUUCUCAGUGCUCAACAUCACGAGUACUACUAAUUAUGCGGUAGAACGAUGUUUAUACAAUUAUAUAUGGACAGCC